AGGGGCUCCGGCUCUACCCACUGGCCAGUUCGAGCUGCGAGAUGAGGCCACAGCAGCCGCCUGUUGCUAGCAAGGUCUUCGUCCAGAGGGACUACAGUAGUGGCACCAGGUGCCAGUUCCAAACCAAGUUCCCGCCAGAGCUAGAGAACCGGAUUGACAGGCAGCAAUUUGAAGAAACAGUGCGAACGCUAAACAAUCUUUAUGCAGAAGCAGAGAAGCUUGGGAGCCAGUCUUACCUUGAAGGUUGCCUGGCAUGUUUGACAGCCUACACUGUAUUCUUAUGCAUGGAGACACAUUAUGAAAAGGUUCUGAAAAAAAUUGCCAAGUACAUUCAGGAACAAAAUGAAAAGAUCUACGCCCCACAGGGACUCCUCCUGACUGACCCAAUUGAGAGAGGACUAAGAGUUAUUGAAAUUACCAUUUAUGAAGACAGAGCUGUGAGCAGUGGAAGAUAAGUGUGUGGCAUCCAAGGAUCCAGUGUGUUCCAGUGAGUUCCCCUACUUUCGCUCUUAAUGCAUCAUUCCUCUGCCACCGCCAAAUCUAUGGUGCCAUCUACCACAUGAACUAACUUCUUGAAAUCCUGCUUCCUCAGAAGCUACCUGCUGGGCUGGCCAGCAUCCAUUUUGUGUCGUUAUGGUAAGCCUUAAGCGGUGGUGUUG